AUGUCGGGUCAGUCGGAGCGGCAAUGGAUGCCAACAAUGCGGUCGCCUUUCGUCAGCUUUAAUGAUAUGUUUAAUUUGGUUCACGAAAAGGGACUCAAAGCGGGCUUUUAUAACUCAAUUGCUUUAAUAUUUCUAUUGUUUGUAAUAAUCAUAAUAUAUAUGUGUUAUUGGAUUUUACAACCGUUUGUGCGGCCAUUGGUUUGGGCCAUACUCUGCGGAUCAGCUCUUCAUCCCUUCAAACGACAGCUAAUACUGUAUUCACGCAAAUGGAUAACAGAUCUGCGAAGAGAGAACACACCAAUCACUUUAGGAACCGUUUGCCUCCCCUUCUGUAUCAUCAAUAGUACCACCGAUUCAAUGGUCAGAUUCCUGAUGAAGUAUAUGAAGCAAAUACUAGUGAUUGGUUUCGUAAUGUUAUUACACAACUACUUCUUCAACGCGAUGGACACUAUCUGUGAAUACUUGUAUAUAUGGCUGUUAUCUACCAUUGAAUGGUUGAGUGUAAUCAUGUGGUUCUGGACUCACGAUGACUACACGUUUCCCAUCACAAGCAUAACAAUUGCCUACUUUAUAGUUCUCAUGUUUGAUUGGUCUCUCUCUACACAAGAGUAUUUCAUUUGGUUGUCACCAUUUGUAUUGCUAUUAUUCUCAGUGCAUAUCAUUUGCUUAUUUGGUACUUAUGGACACAUAUUGUCCACAAUUAUAAUCUCAAUUAUACUCAUCGGUCUGACAAAGACUAUAAUCACCGGACAUAUGAGUCCGCACGCCAGCGACGAAACCGAUGGAUUCGUUAGCUUUUCCAUCAAAAUCAAGAAUAAAGUGAUUUCAUUGAUAAAGUUAGUCAACAAUUUGAUUGUGAAUCAAGACAAUGAAGAGUUGGUCGUCGAUAAUGAUGACCAUCCAAAUGGUGAACACGAGCCACAAACCGAUGAUAAUAGUGAGGGAAAAGAGGUUGCGUUCAGUCCUAAAGAGCCACUCAAUGUGGACAAGAGUUCAAAUACCCGGAGGACUAGUUGUAUCUCAAUUAAGACAAACAAUGAAUAUCAAAGUAACACAUAUUUGUUUGCGGUGUUGUGGGCCGUUGUGAUCGUCCAGAUGUGGUCUCACUCUAGUCUUAUUUAUUUGCUUCCCAUUCCUAUUAUAAUGGAUUUUGUGGAAACAUCUUUGAAUGGUUUGACCAGUUUAUCGGUGAUAAGUGUGACCAUUAUCUCGAUUCUAUUCAUUGGUGUGUUUAUGUCAAUUCAGACUCUAAGCUAUUAUCCGGAAUCGUCUCAACUCUUACCCGAGAGUCUGAAAGGAGUGGACGGAAUGCUCGAUGAAAUGGUUAGAAAUGGCUACGAAUACGGCCGACAAUACAUUAAGAAUUCUGUUAGAAAUGCUCUCAACGUUGACUCCAAUGUCACUCAAAGCAAAGCCGUAGAGAAACAGAUUCUUGAAAUAUGGGACAGAGCUUACCAUUUAUGGUUAAUUCGCAACACUAAUGAAACGGAUUCGUUGCCAAAGAAAGGUCCCUAUGAUUUCGAUAAGCUAUACAAUGCACUCAAAACUUUGGAUCUCAACCUUUGCUUCAAUAUUGUGAAAGAGAAUAUCGAUACAGUAGUCUCAGUGUUUGAUUCCGUAUGGCUUCUACUAAAAGGCAACUUUACUCUACUUUUCUCGGCCAUCGCAGCCGUAUUCUCCACUCUAUUGGGCGGAGGCUUAGGGCUAAUGAAUCUCGUGUUUAGUUUUAUAAUCUUCAUGACAGCCCUCUUCUAUUUGUUAUCCGCGAGUGGAGAGUACUAUAAACCGGUAGAACUCGUGAACCAAAUAUUUCCUUCGGAAGUAACGCCAAAUGAUAUCAACAAUAGUACCCCUAAUCUGUCGGCCAAUAGUAAGUUAGGCCGAGCUGUGGAGGAGGCCGUCAACGGUGUGUUCGCCGCGUCGCUUAAGAUGUCUGCUUUCUAUGGUCUCUAUACAUGGCUUAUUCAUACACUCUUUGACGCCAGUAUUGUUUACAUACCAUCAGUGAUGGCCGCUAUGUUCGGUGCCAUUCCUUUUAUCAGUGCAUUUUGGGCAUCAUUUCCAACGUUUUUGGAUCUCUUCUUCGUUCAAAACCAGACAACAAAAGCGAUUCUACUAUUAAUUACCGCUUAUUUUCCGGCAUUUUUUGUUGACUCAACAAUUUAUAGCGAAAUCAAAAGUGCGGGUCAUCCAUACCUGACAGGUCUGGCCAUUGCGGGCGGACUUUUCUAUUUGGGAUUUGAAGGCGCUUUCUUCGGACCUUUUCUCUUAUGCUGUCUAUUCGUCGCCUUCAAUAUUUAUAAAGAUAUUAUGCAAGAAAGUAGUGUAACAGCCGUCCCAUCGGAUCGCACGCCUCACUCAACUCGCAGACCAAAAGAUUCUCACAAAUUGUUGCGAAUGAAAUCCUCGUAUUUAAAUUAACGUAUCUUUUAUUCAUUUUUAUUGUUUAAAUGUUUUUAUUUUAUUUAAUAAAAUUAAUGUUACUUUUUA